AGCGGCAGGUAGGCGACACUGUGCCGAUUGAAGGCCCUCGCCAUGUGGACCCGCCUCGUCACUCUCGCCUGCCUGGCCACCGGCCUGCUGGCGGCGCCUGAGCGUCCGGAGGCCGGUCUCAGCUGCCCGCGGUCCCAGGGACUGUUCUCACACCCCACCGACUGCCACCUGUUCCUGCACUGCGACCAUGACCACCCCUACGUCAAAGAGUGCCCCGCCAACCUCCACUUUAACGCCAAGCUGAUGGUGUGCGACUGGCCCGAGAACGCCGGCUGCACGGGGGGCGCGCCCACCGACCCGCCGCCGCCUGACACCGACCCCGAGCCGGGCAUGGAGUGCGACUGCGAGUGCUGUCUGGAGCCCAACGCCGACGACUGCACCACCUACUACAUCUGCAAGGAUGGCAAAGCCUGGAAGGCUUCCUGUGCCCAAGGUCUGGUGUUCAACCCCAACAUUGAUAACUGCGAUCUGGCUUCCAACUACAAGUGUGAAGUGAAAUCCACUACGCCCAAGCCGGUCACUACGAAGGCUCCGACAACCCCGAAGCCGACCACCACCACUACCACCACCACUACCACCACCACCACUACCACCGUCGCACCCAAGCCCGACUUCGACUGUCCGACCAGCAACGGACUCUUCCCCAAUCCUGCCGACUGCCACACCUUCUACCACUGCUCCAACGGACACGCCUACCUGAAGGAUUGUCCCGCCAACCUCGAGUUCAACCCUACCCUGCUGGUCUGCGACUGGCCCGAGAAUGCCGGCUGCAACGGAAAGCCGACUGCUUCGCCACAGCCGCCUGCUCCUACCAAUCCUACUCCUUCAGAUUUCGACUGCCCAACCAGCAACGGAUUGUUCCCCAAUCCCCUGGACUGUCAUACCUUCUACCACUGUUCCAACGGCUACUCUUACCUGAAGGACUGCCCAGCUAAUCUGGAGUUCAAUCCGAAACUUCUGGUCUGUGACUGGCCCAAGGACGCUGGAUGUUCCGUCCAGCCUACUUCUUCGCCCAAGCCUAAAUCUACCACUCCCUCCGGUUUCGAUUGUCCGACUAGCAAUGGACUCUUCCCCAAUCCUGCCGACUGCCAUACCUUCUACCACUGCUCCAACGGACACGCCUACCUGAAGGACUGUCCCGCCAACCUCGAGUUCAACCCUACCCUGCUGGUCUGUGACUGGCCCGAGAAUUCCGGCUGUAACGGAAAGCCGACUACUUCGCCACAGCCUGCUCCUACCAAUCCUACUCCUUCAGAUUUCGACUGCCCAACCAGCAACGGACUGUUCCCCAAUCCCCUGGACUGCCAUACCUUCUACCACUGUUCCAACGGCUACUCUUACCUGAAGGACUGCCCAGCUAAUCUGGAGUUCAAUCCGAAACUUCUGGUCUGUGACUGGCCCAAGGACGCUGGAUGUUCCGUCCAGCCUACUUCUUCGCCCAAGCCUAAAUCUACCACUCCCUCCGGUUUCGAUUGUCCGACUAGCAAUGGACUCUUCCCCAAUCCUGCCGACUGCCAUACCUUCUAUCACUGCUCCAACGGACACGCCUACCUGAAGGACUGUCCCGCCAACCUCGAGUUCAACCCUACCCUGCUGGUCUGUGACUGGCCCGAGAAUUCCGGGUGUAACGGAAAGCCGACUACUUCGCCACAGCCUGCUCCUACCAAUCCUACUCCUUCAGAUUUCGACUGCCCAACCAGCAACGGACUGUUCCCCAAUCCCCUGGACUGUCAUACCUUCUACCACUGUUCCAACGGUUACUCUUACCUGAAGGACUGCCCAGCUAAUCUGGAGUUCAAUCCGAAACUUCUGGUCUGUGACUGGCCCAAGGACGCUGGAUGUUCCGUCCAGCCUACUUCUUCGCCCAAGCCUAAAUCUACCACUCCCUCCGGUUUCGAUUGUCCGACCGACAAUGGCCUCUUCCCCAACCCCGCCGACUGCCACUCCUUCUACCAGUGCUCCAACGGACAUGCGUACCUGAUGAACUGUCCCGCCAACCUUGAGUUUAACCCUACGCUGCUGGUUUGCGACUGGCCAGAACAUGCCGGCUGUGGUGGAAAGACGACCUUGAAGCCCACGACGGCAAAGCCCACAACGCCCAAGCCAGGUCCGGACUUUGAUUGUCCCAGCGAUGGCCUCUUCCCCAAUCCUGCCGACUGCCACACCUUCUAUCACUGCUCCAACGGACACGCCUACCUGAAGGAUUGUCCCGCCAACCUCGAGUUCAACCCUAACCUGCUGGUCUGCGACUGGCCCGAUAAUGCUGGCUGUGGUGGAAAGACGACGCUUCCUCCGAAGCCGACUUCAGGUCCCACGCCGAAGCCCACGCCGAACCCUGACAUCAUUUGCCCGAACGAGACUUGUGUCUGCAGGGUUCCGGACUCCACCGACUGCAACAAGUACUACCAGUGCAAGGACGGCAAGGCCUACCCCGACUCCUGCCCUGCCGGCCUGGUCUUCAACCCCGCCACCGAGGUGUGCGACUUGGCUGAAAACGUGCCGGGCUGCAAGCCCACCACCCCGCGACCGACGACUCAGAGGCCCACCACGAAGCCACCGGCUCCCGCGCCGACACAGCCGGCUCCGUCUGACUUCGACUGUCCGACCGACAACGGACUCUUCCCCAACCCCGCCGACUGCCACACCUUCUACCACUGCUCCAACGGACACGCCUACCUGAAGGAUUGUCCCGCCAACCUGGAGUUCAAUCCCACACUGUUGGUCUGCGACUGGCCCGAGGAUGCCGGCUGCGGUGGAAAGCCCACGCCUCCUCCGAAGCCGACGUCCAGUCCCACGCCGAAGCCCACGCCCAACCCGGAUGUCAUCUGUCCGAACGACACGUGUGCCUGCAGGGUUCCGGACUCAACUGACUGUAACAAGUUCUAUCAGUGCAAGGACGGCAAGGCCUUCCCCGACUCCUGCCCUGGCGGCCUGGUCUUCAACCCCGCCACCGAGGUGUGCGACUUCGCUGAAAACGUGCCAGCUUGCAGACCCACCGCCCCAAGCCCCACCACUCCGAAACCCACCACUCCGAAACCCACUACCCCCAAGCCCACCACAAAACCCACCCCCAAGCCGACCAAGCCCCCUAAGCCCGAUUCAGAGAGCAGCGAAGAGUCCGGCAGUGGAUCCGACAGCAGCGACAGUGACAGCGACGAGAGCGGAUCCAAGUCGAAGCACAGUGGAUCCAAGUCAAAGCACAGUGGAUCCAAAUCAAAGCACAGCGGAUCCAAAUCCAAGAAGAGCGGGUCCAAGUCCAAGCAUAGUGGGUCCAAGUCCAAGCAUAGUGGGUCGAAGUCGAAGCACAGCGGCUCGAAGUCCAAGCACAGUGGCUCGAAAUCGAAGCACCACGACUCCAAGUCGAAGCACCACGACUCCAAAUCGAAGCACAGUGGUUCCAAGUCGCAGCACCUCAAGCGCUCGGCCGAGCCGGUGCAGUCGUCGGCGCCGGCGAACUCUCGCCUGUACCGCAACCCGGACCAGGGCCGGAUCGAGGACGACGACGGAUUCCUGGAGGCGCAGUUCUGCCCGCGACCGACGGGCAAGUUCCCGUCCAGCCGGUGCCACUACUACUACCACUGCGUCGACGGCGUGCCCACGCUGAAGCGCUGUCUCCACGGCACGCGCUUCUACGCGCCCGACCAGCGCUGCAUCCUGGGAUCCUGCUGAGCUCGAGCGGACUCGCUGCCCUGCCGUUCGGUGUAAAUGCCAGAAUAUAAAACUUACUACCGUUUUGACCCCUCUAAGACUGAUCCUCGCUACUUUGCGAUGUAUUUUUCGAGAUGGAUGUUACAGCCUCUCACCUCGCCUUUCAUUUCUGUCACCAUUCUGCAGUGUAAGUUGUGUCUUUGUUGAUGAACUGCUUUGCUGAUCCAUUUGUUGUUGAAUAUAUUAGCGAUGCGCAUG